AUGUCGCAAUAUCUUCCGAAUCAAAGAGACGAAGUAAGGCGGAAAUAUUUAACUAGAGGUCCAUGUCAACCUUAUGGUCAUGUUUUCCAAAAGAAAAAGAUUGGAAGAGCAGCGAGGCGGUUUAAUCCAGCUUGGUUUGAGAAGUAUGGUAAUUGGCUAGAGUACAGCGUCUCCAAAGACAAAGCAUUCUGUUUGUGUUGCUAUUUGUUCAGAGAUGACAUACCAAAACAGGGUGGAAAUUAUGCUUUUGUGACUGAAGGCUUUUCUUGUUGGAAAAAACUUGAGGCUUUAUCUGAGCAUCAAGGCGAUGUGGUGAAAAAUGAAUAUCGCAUUCGGUUAAAUACUUCAGUUGAUGCUUCGAGGUACUUGUUACAACAAGGAUUACUUUUUCGAGGUCAUGAUGACGGAAAAGAUUAUGUUAAUAAAGGAAACUUUGUAGAGCUCUUGAAGUACACUGGAGAACAAAAUGACGUUGUAAAAGAAAUUGAUCAUGGAGUGUUCGGUUUGAUGGUUGAUGAGUCUGCGGAUGUUUCUAACAAAGAGAAAAUGGCUGUUGUCUUUCGGUUUGUUGAUAAAAGUGGAUCAGUAAAAGAAAGAUUUGUGGGAGUUGCUCAUGUAAAAGAAACGUCUUCUUUAUCUCUGAAAUCUGCAGUUGAUGACUUGUUUGCAAAACAUGGGUUGAGCUUGAAACAGUUGAGAGGACAAGGUUAUGAUGGAGCAAACAAUAUGAAAGGACACUUUAACGGGCUGAGAGCAUUGGUUGCUUGA